GGGUUUAGAAGCUUAUCAGGGCAGGCGGGCCACUGCUGGGGUUUUAUCUCUCUCGGCCACAUUGCAGUAGUGUUCCGCUCUCCAUACUAAAUAGGAAACUGGACGUGAUGUGGAAUUAGAGCCUACCCAGCUGAAGCCACCCAACACUUACUACAAAUAUAGCCGCGAUGCGUAGGCCACAAAAUGGCUCCACUCACUUUUCCCAAUGAGAAGCAAAUGGAUUUAGCAGUUUUAUCCCGAUGCGGGUGUCCUUCCUCUCUGUAAAGUCGUAAGUACCUUGAGGUGGGAGGAGUAAAUUCAGCCUGACACUGAGAGCGCUUUUGUUGAAACAGGAGAGACUUGCGGUGUCCCUACUUAAAUAUGACACAUGACGAUGGACAGGCCGCCCGCCCCGCCGCCCCCCAGUGACCCCCGCGAUGCCCGCCCCGCCCGGCGGCACGACUCGGAAGCGGAGACCACGAGCGAGCCGGAGAGCAGCCGCGGGGGCAUGGAGGCGCCGGCCGACCCCCAGCUGCUGCUCAACGGGGCGGCCAAGGAGGCGGGCCGGCCCUCCCCCGGGCCCCCCGCCGCCCCUGUGCCCGUCAUCGAGCUGGUGCGCCGGGGGGGCUCCCUGGACAUAAAAAGCCGUGAGGCGGCGGGGGAGGCGAUGCAGAGAGCGCCGGGAGCCGAGCCGUGCCGCGCCGCCGAGGCCGCCUGCGAGGCCCGCAUGGUGCAGCUGAGCCCCCCCGCGCUCCCGCUGCAGCCCCCCGGCAGGGCCAUGCUCUACAACCUGGGCCAGCCGCUGGCCACCAUCAACAGCGGGUUUUUCGGCGAACCGGACUCCUUCUCCAUGUACGGCAGCAACCGGGUGAAGCGGAGACCCUCUCCGUACGAGAUGGAGAUCACCGACGGUCCUCACACGAAAGUGGUUCGUCGCAUUUUCACCAACAGCCGGGAGAGAUGGAGGCAGCAGAACGUCAACGGGGCCUUCGCAGAGCUGCGCAAGCUCAUCCCCACCCACCCACCCGACAAAAAACUCAGCAAGAACGAGAUCUUGCGCCUGGCUAUGAAAUACAUCAACUUCCUGGCCAAGCUGCUCAACGACCAGGAGGAAGAAGGAAACCAAAGGGGCAAGGUGAACAAAGACUCGGGGAUAGUCCAGGAAGACCUCCUGCAGGACAUGUUGUCUCCCAACUCCAGCUGUGGAAGUUCUCUGGACGGAGCGGCGAGCCCGGACAGCUUCACGGAAGAGCACGAGACGCUGGAUUCGAAGCACACGCGGAGCCUGCACCACGCCAUCCUCCCCGUAGAAGGCAACGCGCAGCGGUGAUGACCCCCACGCUGCUCCCGAAGAGCCACGGGGAAGAGGCCAGGCCUGGCUGUGCAGCUGCUGGAACUUGUGCUUGUGGGAUCUGUGACUCUGCCUUUCCCUGGCAGCUCGGGCUGCCCGCUCUCCCCAGCCCGGCACGCUGGCUGAGGACAAGACCGACCCAGAUGAACGUUCGGGGUUUAGGUACGUGACCGUGCGAAGAAGAAAAGCGUUGAGGUCAUCUUUGUUGUACAGAACUGCUCGGGAUGGGACUCUGAGGAGGGGAAGGAGACAUGGCUGGCGCCUCUCCAGCGUUAAAAGGGUUUCCAGACCACUUGGUGACUGUCUCUUUUCAAGCAGUCAUCUGGGUGAGACUCCUCUCCCACCGCCCACGGAGGCCACCGGCGCUUUCCAGUUCCGUGUGGUGCUGGAAACUGCUGCAUCAUGCCAGUGCUGCAGCACUUCUCCAGCCUAUGGCACAUCCAGCUGGUCUGAGCAGGAGCUUAGCCACACAUUCCUGUUGUCCGAGAGCUUUUGACUGUAUCUUUUUAAAGAGGUGAAAAAAUACCCUCAGCAAAAGAACUAUUAAAAGGAUUUAGACUAUUUUUCUCUCCUUUUUUCUUUCUUUCUUUUUUUUUCCUUCUCUUUCUUCCUUUCUCUUCUAUCUGAUUUUGGAUUGUUUGGGCUUGUUGUAUUUAUGAUGUGGGAUUACUUCCGUUUAACACUGUCAUGCAGUAUCCACUGAAUGAAAAGGUACAUAGGUGUUUUCUGCCACCCUCCCAGUCCCUGAUCCUUCUGCUGGUAACACUCAGCAGGUGAAUUUCAAGCCUGCUGUUGUCUCCUAGAGUUUUUCCAGUGGUUUCUGUGGGGCCAGAGCUUCUCUCGAGAAAGAUGAAUUUCAGAGUCGGUAAAGGAAAAAAUAUUUGCUACUGAAGUAUCUCUUUGGACUGGGGGAUUUUUAAAUUCAAAAAAGCAAAAAAAAAGGGCAAAAGGAGUCAAUGAUGUAUCAACAGUGUGCGUGUACAUAGGGUUAUAAAAAGGUUUUUUGAUGGUA